AUGAAGGCUUCCGCCAUCGUUGCGACCCUUGUCGGGCUCUCGGCCACGGCGUCGGCCGCCCAGAUCAGCCUCGACCUCACCAGCGAUAGCUCCAUCAAAAGCACCGCCAGCACCCUCGUAUAUGGCUUGAUGAAAUACUACAAUGGAAACGUCACUGGCGGCAUCCCCGGUCUGCUGCCCGGGAAAUACUACUGGUGGGAGGCUGGUGGCAUGUUUGGCCAUCUAAUCGAUUACUGGUACUAUACCGGAGAUGCGUCGUACAAUGACGUGACCAUGCAGGGCAUGAUGCAUCAAAUUACCCCCAAGGGCGACUACCUCCCUGUCAACCAGACCAAUGCCAUGGGCAACGAUGAUCAAGGCUUCUGGGCUCUCACAUCCAUGAUGGCUGCCGAAGCCGUCUUUCCGAACCCGCCUUCCGACACGCCUCAAUGGCUCGCUGGUGUCCAGGCCGUCUUUAACGAAUAUGCUGUUCGUUGGGAGGAAGAGAACGGCCUCUGCGGCGGUGGUCUCCGCUGGCAGGUCUACUCUUUCCUCAACGGUUGGGCUUACAAGAACAGCAUCUCCAACGGUUGCUUCUUCAAUAUUGCCGCCCGCCUCGCCCGCUUCACCGGCAAUUCUACCUACGCUGACUGGGCGCAGAAAAUUUACGAUUGGGAGGUCAAGGAGGGUCUAAUUACUAGCGACUACGUCAUCUACGACGGCAUCGAAGUCGACGACGCCACCCAGAGCUGUAAGAAUAUCCAUCAGGUCCAAUUUACCUAUAAUGCCGGCGUUUGGCUCCAAGGCGCCGCCGCCAUGUACGAUUAUAACAAGACCGAUGUCUGGAAGGGCCACGUCAACGGCAUCCUCAAUUAUACCGAGAGAGUCUUCUUCAAGGACGGCAUCAUGUACGAGCCUGCUUGCGAGACUGUCCACACCUGCGACCAGAACAUGGUCAGCUUCAAGGGCUACCUGAUUCGCUUCCUCGCCUACACGUCCAAAGUAGCGCCCUGGACCUCGGACUCCAUCACCAAGCUCAUCAGCACGGCCGCCUCAGACGCCGUCAAAGUUUGCAACGGCGCCAACGGCGCCUCAUAUCCCGGUCCCGACGGCACGGGAUGUGGCUUCUCUUGGCUUAACGGGACCAACGACGGUCUGAUGGGCGUGGGGCCCCAAAUGGACGCCCUCGCCGCCGUCUUCUACAACCUACUCCCCAACGUCAAGGUCCCCGCCACGGAACAGGAUCGCGGCACGUCCAAGGGCGACGCUGGUGCGGGCAGCUCCCAGGCCCAACCCCUACCGGAACCUCGGGCCAUUACCGCAGGCGACCGAGCCGGCGCCGCCAUUCUCACCAUUCUCAUUGCCGCUGGCAUCCUAGCUGGCAGCUUCUUUGUCACCAGCGAUGUCCUUUCCUUUGCAUAG